AUGCCACCAAAUAUCCUUGUCACCGGUGCUGGUGGCUACAUCGGAGGGUCCAUCGUUACAGAAUUCCUGGGUCUUAAGGAAGGUUUAAUCAAGUCCGCCAAGAUCCACGCUGCUGUACGCUCGAAAGAUCAAGCUGUGAGCCUGGCAAACCUCAAUGUCGCUGUGAUACAGAUGGAUCUUCGGGAUGAGAAGGCCGUGGCAAGCUACAUCAUUUCAAAGGAGAUUGACAUUAUCAUCAACACCGCAACGUCUAUAGACAAAUAUGUCAUGCUAAGCCUUAUCAAGGGACUUUCGAACCGUCGUCUUGUGACUGGGAAGGAGACCUACCUUGUUCAUACGUCUGGGUUAUCUGCAUUCGAUGAGGUCACAGGCUGGCCUUAUGGUACUAUCAAAGAUACCGACUCGGUCUAUGAUAUGGAGAAGCAAACUGCAAACUCAUAUAUUGUCAGACAUGUUGAUACCUUCAUCAUCGACCAACUGAGGAACGCUGGUAUAACCGGGUUCAUCGUCAUGCCACCAACUAUCCACGGGCGUGGGAGUGGUACAUGGAACCAGCUUUCACCUCAACUACCUGCUCUAAUCAGAGCCAGUAUCCAGCACAAUAGAGUACACAAGUUUGCAGAAAACCGGAAUCUUCCUGUGACACAUAUAUCGGAUUUGACAAAAUUCUACGCAGAGUUGAUUGAAGCAAUUCUGCAAGGAAAGAAGUUACCAACAGAGAAAGAUGCUUAUUUCUUCGUCGUCUCGCAUGUUGUUCCCUGGUGGGAUAUCCUAGACCGACUAGCAGAGAGACUGUAUGCUCGUGGUCUUGUCACGACAGCUGAGACGAAGAUCUGGCCUAGUGAUGAGGUCCUUUCGGAAGCAGUGGGGGUUCCAGCAAAAUGGGCUUAUAGCAUGUGGAAUGCUGGAACCGAUGUCAUUUGCGAAAACAAGGAUAUUGUAGGAUGGCAGCCGGUCUGGGAUAAAGACAGAUUUCUUGCGAGUCUGGAUGAUGAGAUUGACGAUUUCUUGGAGCUGGGUUUGCCAAAGAGCAGUCUUCUGUCUAGUGUGAGACCGGGGGCUGGGAAAUGA